AUCCUUCCCUUCUGCAGUAAGUUUCUCCUUUCGCUUUUCCGAGGGAGAGAGAGAGAGAGCAACCUGGUGCCGGCCGAUCCAGCCGUCCCCUUCACCUGCGACAACGCGAUUCUUAUUCCCUGCGCGAGUUAGCCUUUCCACGGAGAAAAUUGGUCUGAAAAGUCGCCAAUACGAAGAUAGAGUAAGAACUGGAAACAUCUCUAAUUCCCUACAAUAUCCCUUACUGGAGAUAUCGCCGACGGUGCCGCGGCUUGUCCUCCUAAUCGCAUGCGCCCAAUCCGGAGCUCAUCUAGAUGCUCCAGCGACGUCGGAGAAAGCCAAAUAUAGUACCAAAGAGAAUCAUUUCAACCGAGCAACACAAUAGUAGAAGAGACUCAUUCGCUUGUAGAACAGAUCUAGGCAACCAAACAUGGCUGCUGUGAAAGAGAAGGAAGUAGAGAUUCAGGAUGAGCUAGCAGAUUCGUUGAAUGACCUCUUCACCAGCGUCUCCACCAUGGUCAAAGGCGAACUUCAGGGGGCAAAUAAUCUGAUGGAACUUAUGGAGAAAAUGAAUCUGAAAGUGGCUGAAGAGUAUAAAGGUUUUGGGGAUGUAGCUUCUGGAUUGAGGGUUUUCGUUGAGCAGUUGAAGUCCAAAAGCGGUAGUUUUGAUCAGUAUGUUCAGCAAAUUGAUGCAAUAGAGCGGCAAGUGACUGAAUUUGAGGCUGUAAUUUCAAUGCUCGAUAACUAUGUUUCUUUGUUAGAAUCAAAAGUGCAAUCUGUAUACCAACAUCCACCUUCAUGAAUGAAGGUGGAUUGGGUCAGAACUUGUGAAUGAGAAUGGUCUGUGGAAGGGAAUUUCUGUCCCCUGCAAAUUUGGUUGUUUACUUAAUUUUCUCUUUGAAUUUUGGAGUUUCUAUCCUGUAAGCAGUCAUCUUUAUGUUAAAACUUUUAUAGACAAAAUUAGUAUGUCUCUCCAUCCUUUCUUCAA